AUGAACAUAAACUUCAACGUGGUCAAUACCAUUUUAACCCGUGAACAUGGAGAAAAAUCCUCAUUUAAAGUACUUGACUGGCGCAUCGAUAAGAUCACCGAAACAACAGGCAACCACUAUACAACUCAGGUAUCACGAUUAAUUAUUCGUUAUCAGCCAUGUGGAGAAGAAAGUUCUGCUCCAAAAGAAAAAAUCUGCUAUGUUAAAGUGCCCACCGAUGGACCUUUUUAUGAAGUGAUUGAAUCAAUGAAUUGUUAUAACAACGAAAUUAUUAUGUACACCAAAGUAUUUUCGCAAAUGUAUACCAUCGAGAAGGAGUGCUUUACACCAAGACUUUACUAUUUCGACGAUAACAUGACGCUGAUGCUGAAAGAUUUAACGCAAUCUGGAUAUAAAUGUGUCGAUAGUGUUCAAAAAUUUGACAUAGAGCAUUGUAUUUACGCCCUAAGAUGUAUGGCUAAAUUUCACGCUUUAUCUGUCAAAUUGGAAAAGACUGUCGGUCUUCCCGAACAGGUUAAAUGCAGUCCCUACUGCAGUGCGCAAGCUGCUAAAAAUCAACAUUUCUUACUUAAGCAACAGAUGCCUCAAUCCAUUGACUCUAUACCUGAAAGUCUUAAGAGAAAGUAUCCCGAUUUGAUUACUUACUUGAAAAAUAUGCCGUUCGAAAAUGUCAUAAACACCCUUAAUCAUUCUUCAACUUCCGAAUUCAACGUUUUAAAUCAUGGAGAUUUUUCCAUUAAUAACAUUAUGUUCAAAUAUGACAAAUAUGGAAUGGUCAGGAAAGUGAAACUGGUCGAUUUACAAACCACUUUCUGGAAUAGUCCAGCUCAAGAUUUAAUGUAUUUUUUUAUCACAAAUGCCAAGGAUUUGACGUACACACCUGGGAAAAUUGAAACGGGUAACCCGUAUAAACAAGAUCACUAUCGAAAAAUUGCAGUCAAGUGGUUGGAACACCUUGCAGAAAAAGGAACUUUGCGUAUUGACGAAGAGCACCAUUCAGAUUAG